UCACAAAGUUGACGUGGCCUCAUUUUAUUGACUAAUUACAGCAGUUUAGGCAAUAAGACAACAUCAUUACUACAAAGAAAGGCUUUAUAUAAUAAGCUGGAUGCUUAGACCAUAGUGUACAGAAUUCUUGUUUCUCUUCAUCAAGCUCAAUCAUAUUAUUAUUAGCAACCUUUAAGAAAUGCUUUCAAGAGAGAAAGCAAGAAAGAAAAAGGAAGACCAGAGAAUACUCUGCUCAAUUUUAGUGAUCAUUAUGAUCGUUAUUGUGGGAGGAAAUUUUUAUAGUGCUUCUUGCCCUCAUCUCAAAAAUAUAGUGAAAAAGGUUGUAACUAAGAGAUACAAUCAAAAUUUCGUAACAGCUCAAGCAACAUUACGUAUGUUUUUCCAUGAUUGCUUUGUUCAGGGGUGUGAUGCUUCAGUCAUGAUUUUCUCACCAAAUGGCGAUGCAGAAAAGGACUCAGAGGACAAUCUCUCGCUAGUAGGAGACGGCUUUGACACAGUUAUAAAGGCCAAGCAAGCAGUUGAAGCAGUUUGUCCCGGUGUAGUCUCUUGUGCUGAUAUUCUGGCUCUUGCCGCCAGAGAUGCUGUAGUUGUGACAGGAGGCCCUUCAUACAAUGUAGAACUUGGACGUCGAGAUGGGUUAAGGUCAAAGAAAUCAGAUGUCACAAAACAUUUACCGGAUCCAGACUACAAGUUUAACGAGCUACUUAACAUGUUCACCAAGCAUGGCCUGAACCAAACUGAUCUAGUCGCGCUAUCAGGAGCUCAUACCAUAGGUGCAGCCCACUGCUCAAAGUUUUCGAAACGUAUCUACAAUUACUCUCAAUCCAGCCCAGUUGAUCCUACCAUGAACCCCAUAUAUGCUCUACUGUUGCAGCAACACUGCCCACCAGGUGUAAACCCCAAAAAAGUUGUCCCUAUGGACCCUGCAAGGCCGAGAUCGAAAACAUUCGACAAUUUGUAUUAUCAGAACUUAAUUGCAGGAAUGGGGUUGUUUACUUCAGAUCAGGAGCUCUUUACAAACCCAGCUUCUAGACCAACAGUUAUUGAUUUUGCCAACAAUCCUGGCAACUUUAACGCAGCUUUCGUUACUGCAAUGAGAAAGCUUGGUCGAGUUGGUGUAAAAACUGGUAAUCAAGGUGAAAUCAGAAGGAACUGUGCAGCUUUCAACUCAUGAAUUCUGAAAAAAUUACCACAAGUUUAGGGUAAAGUAUAAUAGUUUUGCUUGUUCUGUUAUUGAAUAAAUCAUCUAGUAAUUAUACAAGCCAUAACCCUAGCCAAUCUAUAUCAAUAUUGAAAAUAUAUCCUACAAGUAUAGUUUCUUAUAUCGAUUAUUGUAUCUCAUAUCUAUAACAAUUUAUUACUUGGAUCAUAUAA